UGGCAGCCGCCGCGGCCUCGCUCUUACUCGGCAGAAGCAUGGAGGAGAGCGAGGCGGGCGCCGAGCAGGGGAGCUCUCCUCCGCCCGUGAAGAGGCUCCGGCUGUGGACCGGGAAGGGGAAGGCGAAAGGGAAGCGGCCCGGGCCGGCCGAGGAAGGCGAGAAGCGCUACGUGCCGCCUCCGAAGAAGCGCAACCCCGGCGUCAGCUUCAGCGAGAGCCACUUCGCCGAGACCAGCUACUACUUCGAGGGCGGCCUCCGCAAAGUGCGGCCCUACUACUUCGACUUCCAGACCUACUGCAAGGGCCGCUGGGUGGGCGAGAGCCUCCUGCACGUCUUCGGCACCGAGUUCCGCGCCCAGCCCCUCGAGUACUACCGGGCCGCGGCUGAAGCGGGCCGCCUCCGGCUCAACGAGCAGCCCGUGCGGGACCUCGGCAUCAUCCUCAAGAAUAAUGACUUCAUCCGGAACACUGUACACCGCCAUGAACCUCCAGUCACAGCACAGGCUAUUGAGUUCCUGGAAGAAAAUGAUGAGGUUGUGGUUGUAGACAAACCUUCAUCCUUGCCUGUCCAUCCAUGUGGCAGAUUUCGGCACAACACUGUCAUUUUCAUUUUGGGUAAAGAGCACAACCUGAAGGAGUUGCACACUAUUCAUCGGUUGGAUCGCCUGACGUCAGGCGUCCUCAUGUUCGCGAAGUCUGCAGAAGUGUCCAAGAGGAUCGAUGAGCAAGUUCGACAGCGACAGCUGGAGAAGGAGUAUGUGUGCCGUGUACUUGGAGAGUUCCCAGAAAAUGAGGUGACAUGCGAAGAACCCAUCCUGGUUGUCUCUUACAAAGUCGGGGUGUGUCGAGUGGACCCCAAGGGUAAAGUCUGUAAAACGGUCUUCCGGAGGCUCAGCUACAAUGGCAAGACUAGUGUGGUGAAGUGUUUUCCUUACACUGGCCGCACCCAUCAGAUCCGUGUCCAUCUCCAGUUUUUGGGACACCCUAUUGUUAAUGACCCCAUUUACAACACUGAUGCCUGGGGUCCCAAAAAGGGCAAAGGUGGCCAUAUUAAUAAGACGGAUGAUGAGCUGCUUCGGGCUUUGGUGGAGGAGCAUCUUUCGAAACAGAGCCUGGGUAUCCUGGACGUUGCUGAGGAAGAUUUGAAGCCCAUUGUAGGAGACAGAGUGAAGGAGGCUCUGGGGAAUUGUUCUGAGGCUGUACUGGACACCCCUGUAAAUGUCAGUUCUGGCACUCAUGAGGAAACUGCAGAUGGAGAAAUGGGCAGGAUAUCAGCGUGUUCUCAGAAUUCUGUUCCUCAGGCAGAGCUGCACAAGACAGAAAGUGGAGAAACUUGCUCAAAUGAGUCCUGGGACGAAAAGGACUCUCUCUGUGGAGAAUGCAAGAUAGUGAGGCCGGACCCAUCACCCAAAGAUCUAGUGAUGUAUCUCCAUGCUUUGCGCUACAAGGGAGCAGAAUUUGAAUAUUGCUCUAAGAUGCCAGCAUGGGCACAGGAUGACUGGGAAGAGACCUGAGACUUUUAAAGUACUCUGUAAAGACUGUGUGUUAAUGUGUGUGUAAAAGAAAUGGAAACUUGCAUUCACAUAUUACAUGUUUAGAUGCACACUGAAUUGAUCAGUUCAUAUGUAAUGAUCCUGGCUUAGUAGAUGAUUUAUUAAGCUGGGAACAAGGGUCAGACCUGCAUGCUCCCUGUUCCCUUGUGGUUUCUUUAAACCACAGUUUCCCAUUACACCUGAAGUAGGGAACUGUGGGUUUACUACCCAGGACCUGAAAUCAUGGUUAGUAAACCAACCUUGAACACGUUUUCUGCUUCAGCUAUAAGAGUCAACUGUAAGAAACCAUGCUCAAAGUGCCAAACAGUAUUGGAAGAGGAGAGAACAGUGCCACUUGAAAAA